AUGGACAUCCAAGAGCUUUAUUCGUUGAUUGACUUGGAUCUCGCCAGAUCUAGCGAAAAAUUAUCCGAAAUUGAAAAAAAGAGCGUGGCGCAAGUAUUGCGUGUAUGGGCACACAUGCACCCCGAACCAGGUUAUCGCCAAGGCAUGCAUGAGCUGGCAGCAAGGCUAUGGAAGCUUCGUUCGUCCGAAUCGUGCUUAAUUGCAUUAGCUACUGAUACCCAAGAACCCAAUUUAUCUACACAAUCGAUCUUUCAUGUACUUUUAAUGCUUGAAGAAGUGGAAUCUGAUACAUAUUUUUGUUUUUCCGCGCUUGCAAACCGCUUAAUACCAUUGUACUAUCAGUCCGAACGAGCUGGCUCACCGGCGCUCAUCAAAGCUAUAUUGCAUCGAGCAGACUCUGAUCUUGGCGCACAUCUGCAAGCUAUCCAGCUUGACUGGGUACCUAUUUUAUUGAGAUGGCAUCGACUCUUAUACAUGUAUGAAUUUCCUGAAAACACAUGUGUGGAACUAUGGGACACCCUAUUUGCCAUUGACAGUACACUGCAGCUUGUGCCAUACAUCUCUACUGUCCUGCUUCUCUCACACCGGGACGAAAUCAUGAAUGGAGACUACAUUGAAGUUAUGCAGCUUUUAAUGCAUAUGCCUGACAUAAAAAUCCCUCGCAAGCUGGUUGAACUGGCCCUCCAGCUGUACAAGAACCCUUCUGCGAGUACCGGUGCUGCAGUAGCCACAUCAUACGGACAACACCCGCCACCGCCUGAGCCAUCUAGCUCCCGGAUUGACUUGGCGCGAACCAUGUUAAGAGACCUAGCUUUAGGUCUUGUUUCGCAAGGUGCGAAUCCCCAGCCAACAUGGAGUCCAAGAUCUGAAGAUCGUCUCAAUGCCGAAACACCGAAUCACACAGAGCAGCGAAAACGUGCCAUGCUCUCACUUGACAAUGUACAUGAUCAUUACUGA